UCAGUCGCAAUACACUGAGAAGUACUAUGCUUCACAAAAUCUAUAAAGACUCUGUCGAUGGAGAUGAAGCUCCUCAUAAUCAUCCCUUCGAGUUGAUCAUUCAGCAGAUAUGCCUGACGUAGACACCUUCGCUGUUCCGUUGUCUGCAGAUGCUAUCUCCUCCGCGUGGCUUGCUGUAUUGAUUUCUGACCUUUCCAACCCCAGUUUUACUCUCGAGCGCUCGUUUACAAACGAUAGCUAUUGGCGUGAUCUGUUGGCAUUCACUCCUGAUUUUUGCACCUUGCACGCACUUCCAAAAAUCCAGCAUUUUUUCUCAGUUCCCGUUGCCCGUGCGCAGCCAAGUCAGUUCCGACUCCUGCCAGGUGUUCGUCAUCGGCGUAUGGGUCCUACAAAAAUGUUCAUCCAGGGAAUUAUUCAAUUCCAUACGGUCAUGGCGCAGUGCACUGGCGUCUUCACUCUGACUCAAAGCGAAGACUCUUCAUGGAAGGCUUGGUCCUUUGUAACCAUGAUGGAUCGGUUGUCUGGCGUGGUCGAUCGCUUUAGUAUGGAUAUGCCUCUCUGUCACGACCGUCCUGCUGAGUGGAAAACCAUAAUGGAGUACACAGCAGUCGUGGUGGGUGCAGGUCAGUGCGGCUUAGCCGUGGCCGCCCGUUUGGAGAAUCUCGGCAUCUCUACACUCGUCUUGGAGAGAUCUGGCGUAAUUGGUAAUAGUUGGCGUUCUCGAUACGAAUCACUGGAGACGAAUACUCCCAAAGCGUACAAUCAUCUUCCCUUUGUCAAAUUCCCAGAGGGAUGCGGAAAAUAUAUCCCCUGUAGAGACGUUGCUGACUAUCUUGAAAAUUACCAAAAGACUCUUGGUCUUCACGUGUUGACCUUGGCGCGCAUCUCUUCUACUUCAUACGACGCUUCGUCAAGUACCUGGACAUUAUCUAUCUCUCUUCCAGGGAAAUCCUCUAUUACGGUCACAGCCCGGCACCUGAUUGGCGCAACAGGCAUUGGUACAACGGGAGGUGCACUCCCGUUUGUGCCUUCGAUUCCAGAAAAAAGCUCUUUUUUCGGUUCUAUUAUCCAUUCAAGCGAGUACAAGUUCUCCUCGUGUGUCGGCGCGCGGAAAGUUGUCGUUGUCGGUGCAGGAUGCUCUGCGCACGAUAUCGCUCAGGACAUGGCGAAUCAUGGGUCUCAGACAGUGCUUGUCCAGCGUUCCCCGACUGCCGUUGUGAGUCGCCAGACGAUCAACCGUCUGCUUACCGGAUAUGUCGGGCAGGACAUUCCUCAGACAGAGAUUGCCGACCGCUUUUAUGUCGCUCUUCCCUUGUCAACUCUACAAAAUUCCCAGUACGACGUCAUGGAGGCACAUGCCCAUAUCGACCAGGACCUCAGGGAGAACUUGUCUCGGCAUGGAUAUCUCCUUCCCGGCCCUGAGGACAACUUCUUGCACCGUCUCUCCGUUCGACGAGGUGGCUUUUACAUCGACCGGGGUUGUGCAAAGCUUAUCACGUCUGGCAAGAUUACCGUCAAGUCCGGCCAUGAGAUUUCCCACUUCUCCCCUUCCGGGUUGGUCUUCGACGAUGGUUCGCGAGUGGCGGCCGACCUUGUCAUCUUCGCCACUGGGUACUCGAAAACUACAAUCAAAGAAGUCACCGAGAGGAUUUUUGGGCCUCAGGUUGCUGAUGCCGUCCAUGACAUUCGAGGAUGGGAUAGUAACAAUGAACUCGCAGGUAUCUGGAGGCCAACUGGACACGAUGGACUUUGGUUUGCAGAGGGCGAUCUCUUUUCUGCACGGUUCUACUCCCAAUUCCUUGCAUUACAGAUCAAGGCGAGGGAGAUGGGAUUGCUAAGUCCAGACCAGAAAACUUACAUUUCAUGCUGAUUCCUGCAAUCAGCUUCUGAGUUACUCUAAACAUUUUGUAUACGAUGUGUACUUAGCUCCUACCAACAACCUGCGAAUAGUAUUAUUUAUAUACAGCAUAAAAUGCCUAUACCACAAUCAUGAGAGGUCAAUAUUCAACGGUUGACAUCUCGAUGACUUCAAGCUGGUCUAUUCUUAGAUCCCCGGGCUGAAUGAAAUUAGUAU